CCCAAAAUGUGAUGUCCACAUAUGUGGACGCCAGGUCCUAGGAGGUUAAGCUUUAUAACAGAGGUCACAGGCCAAUAUUAACAAUAGAUGUAAAUAAAUAAAGCGAUUCAAUGUGAAAUGUGACUAAAAUUACAUAACUAAAUUGAAUAUCUUCUUUAAUUUUAUAAUUAUAUUCAUUAAUACCAAACAGACAGUUUAAUGAACUUUACACCUAGCAGCUCUAAACAUAUGGAGUCUUACCUGGGAUUAAUGAAAUUGUUACAGGCCUUCGAUGGGGUCUGUUUUUAAACUGUUUUUUAACAGAAAAGCAGAGACAGGAGACAUCAGUUGCAUUUGGUCUGCAGGCUCUUCCUCGUCUGAUAUAUUAACAGAAUUUAACAACGCCCUUUUCUUUUCAUUUAGAUGCACACCUUUCUCUUUUAACAACACAAACACAUUCAAUUAGGUCCAUAGCUCAAACCCUUUUGGUUACCUUGCACUCUCGCAAGAAUAAACUUAGAAAAUAAUCAUUGUAUAUGAGUGUCCUUUACAGUAAAUCUGUAACCAAUUCUACUGCUGUUCAGCAUCAAAAACAUUUCUGUGCAGCAUCACUAACACUGCAAUUAACCUGCUUAUAUACCAUUAUACAUUCCUUAUACUUCAACAGAUUCAAACAAUAUAUUACAUUUGUAACAAAUAAACAAAAAUAUUCUUCCAUUGCUCACAAACAGUUCACAAUCAUCCACAAACAGUAUACAUCAGACUAUUUACAUUUGACACAUAAGAACUGGGUAGGUCCUAAUCAACUGUAACUUCCAAUAAUGCCAGGAUAAAAGAAGCGUCUUAAGAGCUGCGUUUGUCACAAAAUAAAACAGGUAAUAAGACCAGCUGCCUAUUUAGACUACGAGUGAAAUGGCGGCUGCCAUUACAAAUGGCGGUAUAGUUAGCUUUCUCUCAAUCGGUGAAAACACACUCUCUCACAAAUUCGCGGUCUUUAAACUAAGACAGAAAAAGGUUUUCUUGGUUUAUAUGUACAUUGCAGUGAGCAAACUUGAACUACUGACCUGUUUUUUAACAGAAAAGCAGAGACAGGAGACAUCAGAUGCGUUCGGUCUGCAGGCUCUUCUUUCUUUCUUUCAUUCUUUCUUUCUUUCUUACAGUUAUAUUGGCGGUUGGCACUGCAGGCUCUUCCUCGUCUGAGGCAGAGAAGCGUUGCAACGGCCUAUCGCACUCGCCUCUAUCUCCCCCUUGUGGCAAUGCCACGCAAUUACAUUGUCCAUAACUCUAAAUGAAAAGUGCAAUACCACCAUAAAAUCAGGUCUUUUACAUCAAAAAUUAUUCACAAAAAAAUUACAAUUGUGACCAUACACUUGUGGGCGUCACAAAAUUCUAAUUAUAAGUAGGCUACUUUAGCUUUAAAACUGUAAUAAAAUAAAUAACAGAGAAUUUACAAAUGAAUAAACCAUUUGUUUUAUGAAUUUUGACUAAAAUCUAUUUCCAGACUAAGCAUUAAGCAAAAAAAAUCUGUUUGCAUACUGUUAAAUUGAUCCAGUUUCCAUCCUGUUCUUGGUGAAGUCUAGACAAAGCUUUCAUCAAAUUAAAAGGUUAAGUGGUAGAUAGGCCAUAGGGAGCUACUGGUGAUUAACAGGACAGCGAAAGGUUUGCCAUCUUUACUGAUUUCUACUCUCAGGUCUAGUAACAGCUGACUGUUAUCAGUGAAACGACCUCAGAAAUAUGGAUAAGACUUCAGGUUUGGAAAAUUUGUGUGUGUUUAAGGGGCCAAACCAAAUGAACCUUUAUUGGCAGUCAUCCAGUAGCAGCAUAACCAAACAACAUAAAGGGGGUUAUAGUCCACAAAAGAAGGGCAUGGAUUAGUUACUGUGGGUUGUAGUGCGGGAGAAAACAUUGAGAUUAGCAUAAAAAGUCUUAUUUUAUUUGACUUGUUACUUUUUAAAAAAUAAUUGAUUUCAAUGGAUCAUGCCACCACUGGAGCUACCGGUAACUCUUUCACCAAUCAGACGUAGCCAUGCAGUCACAUGACCAGAUAUAAAAUGGCGGGCCGAGCAGCCCAAGCCUUUCAAACUUACAAAGAUGGAUAGAAGAAACACAUAAAAAAAAUGGCAGAAGCAACCGUCUCCGCUAACACUGAACAGGACAAACACCCUUGGCCGCAUAUGCAAAGCAUGUUUCGCUUUAAAGGAGUACAAAAGGACAGCUAUAUAAUGCGAUGUCUUCUGUGUGAGCCAGAGCAAAGUGACAUUUCAGCGUACAAAAACUCAACAUCUAACCUGAGGAAACAUUUUGCGUUUCAGAAGAAAAUAAACACCACCUACAUCAUCCCUUACCCAAGACCUGCCAUUGUAACUCAACCUGUUGACAUACAUUACAACUUCUGCAAGUUAAAACCACUGUCCCCUGAGGAGACUCUUGAAGAACAACUUCUGCUGGAGUCCUUUGCUUGGCCUGAAACCCCAUCUUUACCAUCACCUCUUUUUAUGAAUAGCAGCAGUGAUCCAGCCCACAGCACCUUCACCAUUCUCCCCAGGAAGAGAGAGGGACAGUGGCAAAUAGGGGAUAAACUGGAGGCCCUGAUCAAAAUAUAUGACUUCAUGGGCCGUCCAAAGAAGUAUGGGGCAGACGUCUUACUUGCCCGGCUGCACAACCCCACCCUUGGUGCUGGUGUUGCAGGACAAGUGGUGGAUCAUCUCAAUGGUUCCUACUCUGCUGUAUUCUCUUUACUCUGGGAAGGAAGCGCACAGGUUGAGGUGACACUGGUUCAUCCCAGUGAGGCAGUCACAGAGCUGCGCAGGGUGAACAUAGAAGAACCCGACAGGAUCUACUUCAAGAGUCAGUUCCGCUCGAGCUUGCUCACUAGAACAACCACCUGUAACGUAUGUUUACGUCCAACCCAGCCUGUGUGCAACUACACAGAUUUACGUACAGGUGAGCCAUGGUUCUGCUAUAAGCCAGAAAAUAUGAGUUGUGACACCAGGAUCAGCAACUACAAUGGAGGAUAUAAAGAAAGCCUGACAACCAUGGAGAAGCUUUUUCAGAGCGGCGUAAACAUGAAAGUCUCCAUUCCAGCUUCAGGUCCUGCCAAUGUCACUGUUUUUCCAAAGCAGAAAGGUCAGUUAGAGGUGAACAGCAGUAGUGUGGAGUCUGAACCGUCUGGCUAUUACUACCAGGGUGUGUGGCGAGCACUAGAUGGGACCACCGUUCAUCAGUUCAACACUUCCUCAGCCAUCACUCGGUGUCUGAAAGGAAAGCUGGUCCAUAUGUAUGGAGACUCCACAAUGAGGCAGUGGUUUGAGUACCUUAAUGCAGCACUACCAGAUCUAAAGGAGUUUAACCUUCAUAGCCACAAAUCAGUCGGACCUUUAAUGGCCCUGGACUAUGCAAAUAACAUCUUUGUGAUGUUCCGCGCCCAUGGUCCUCCUCUACGUACUUUCAGUGUCCCAUCCAUGGAGCUGCAUUAUAUUGCCAAUGAGCUGGACAAUGUGCUUGGAGGCACUAACACUGUAGUAGUUUUUGGCAUCUGGGCACACUUUGACACUUUCCCUGUUGGGUUCUACAUCCGUCGACUGAUGUCCAUCCGCAGUGCAGUGGUACGGCUACUGUCCAGGGCUCCAGGCACAGUGGUUGUCAUUCGGACUGGAAACCCCAAACCUUAUACAAGUCUUGGUGCAUUUGUCCACAGCGACUGGUACACUUUUCAGCGGCUAAAGGCACUCAAGGCUAUAUUCAAAGGAUUGAAUGUCCAUCUGGUGGAUGCCUGGGAGAUGGUUCUGGCCCACCACCUGCCACACAGCAUGCACCCACAACCUCCAAUUAUCAAGAACAUGAUUAAUGUUUUCUUGUCAUACAUAUGUCCGCCAAAGGGCGGAUUCACUAGUUGGGCCGACUUCCUCAUUUUAGGUUUGAAAGCAUUUAGUGGGUAAAGGUGAAUGCUAGGACAUGAAUUGAGCUGCGGUUUCGGGAAGACCUCGAAGUGGUUUGGCGAUGGCUCCCGGGCCUGGCAGAUCCUGUGGGGAUGAACAGAAAAGUAUUUUACCAGCAUAAUAUACAGU